AUGAGCAGGAUGCAAGAGGCACACAAGUUACUGCAUAAUGCGCAUGUAGCCCCAGAGAUAUUCGAGCUACGUCCGGAUUAUCGCGCCCUCUUGAUGGUGGUGGAGGGUAUUCCUACAGGCCCAAGCGAUGAUUUUAGCGAAGCCCUUUUGAUCGAGGCAGAAAAUUCUGCCAAGGACAAGCUAUCCAAUUGUCCCGUUACCGAACUUCCACACAUCGCUGCAUGGCGCGAGGCUUACAAGGCCUUCGGAGCUAAGCCUCAAAAAACGCGCAACAGCCUCGAAGCUCUGACUCGUCGCGCGCAGGAUGGCUUGCCACGAGUCAACCGGCUGACCGACAUCUACAAUGCUAUCUCUGUCAAGUAUCAGAUCCCAUUCGGAGGUGAGGACCUUGACAAAUACGACGGAUCGCCUGUCCUCGUCCGUGCCACUGGUAAUGAGGAGUUCGAGACGUUUUCUGGCGGGAAACCUCAAACGGAACUUGCGGCGCCCGGGGAGCCAGUCUGGCGUGAUGACAGCGGUAUCACUUGCCGUCGCUGGAAUUGGCGACAGGGCCCACGGACUGCCUUGACCGAUGAUACCUCGCGUGUUUUAUUCAUCCUCGAUGCCCUAGAGCCGCUCACGGACGAUAUUCUGGUUCAAGCUGCCGACGAGCUCGGUUCGGCUUUGAAAAGCCUGUCUCCGGAGGUGCAAGCAGUGCAUCGGAUUAUUGGCCCUUCGAUUUAA